AUGUCUCAGAGUCCUUCCUCAAAGAAAUCUUCUCCCAUCUCUGAAACAGCAUCAGGUUCUAGGGCACCAAAUGUUGUGAGCAAUCAAGAUGUUGUGCUGGAUGUUGUGCAAUUGAACUCUGUCCCUCCUUCCGAUUCUGCUCGCAGUCAACCAAGAAAGAUGCAUGCAAGAAAAUCAACCGGAGGAUCUGUCCCAGAAACGUUUUCUGUCCAACAUAGAGAGGCCCAAAUGCCUGCUUCCGAUGAUGAUCAAGGUGUGCAAGAUGAUGAGACCCCUGUUGAUAAAGAUGUUAAGACAACUGUUGAUAAUGAUGAAACAUCUGCUGAGAAAAAUGAUGAGACUCCUGUUACUAAGGAUGUUGAGACAUCUGUUACUCCUUUGAAGACUGUUACUAAAGAUAAGAUGAAGAAAUUUCCUACUGGACCCUCAAAAUCUGGAAGCAAAAAGAAAAUUGCUGUUACUAAAUCUGCUACAAAGGUUCGUGAUGUUCCCUUGGAUAACAUAUAUCUCCACUAUGCUUCCAAUGCAAUCCAGUGGAAAUUUGUGUAUCAAAGAAGGCUGGCCCUUGAAAGAGAGUUAGCAAAUGAUGCUCUGGAGAAUCAAGAGGUAAUGCAGCUCAUCAAAACUGCAGGUAGAAAUGCUGAAGCUCAACCUGAGCUUGAAGUAACUGAUAAUGAGGUCUGCAACACCAUCACUGGGGGUAAGGUGAAAAAGUGGCCCAUCAAAAGCAAACUGUCUGCUAGUCUCUUGACUGUUAAGUAUGCUUUGCUGCAUAAAAUUGGCUCUGCCAACUGGGUGCCCACCAAUCACACCUCUACCAUUGCUGAGUUGCUGUUGCCGUCAGGGUUUUUGGGUGAAGAAACUGUUAGAGCUUUUGUUGAUUUAGUUUUCUCAUUGUAG